UUCCUAUAAAUGAUUUUAGGUCCUUGCCAAAUCAGCUGGUCAGACUUUCCCGGCACUGUAUGAACAGCAGAACUGUUGUACAGGAAGCUCAGAGCCCCUAAGCAAAGUGCAAAGUCUACACCCCUGCUUCACCACUGAUCAUUACGCUCAUGACAGUGUCAGAGCACCACAUUACUGGCUUUCAAGGGACUUAAGAACAGCUGGAGAAAGAGACAUUGCUGAGUAAUUAAUUGUUUGUCUGUUCUGUCUUUGGAGGCAUUCAGACGGUUAGGACCAGAGCAUGUUUGUGACUGUGUUCCUGCUUCUGGUCACUCUGUGUGCCCAAGGAGGAUGUGGCAAGGAGAGAGAGGAGCCACAGAGACCAGGCCAUGUUUCUGUGGUGAUAGUGGGAGGCACAGGUGACCUGGCAAAGAAGUACCUGUGGCAGGGCUUCUUCGAGCUGUACGUUAACCAGGUCAGAAGCGGGAACACCUUUUCUUUCUACGGCGGAGGACUGUCACCUGCUGACACGGCCACUCCGGUUCUCUUUGAGAUCCUCAAGGCAGUUUCCUGCUCAAAGGAUGUAUCACAGGAGCGCUGUGCUCUGCUGAAAGAGCAAUUCCUGCGUCUCUCACAGUAUCGACAACUGAAGACCCUAGAGGACUACCAGGAUCUGGCCAAGCUCAUUGAGCAAGAGCUUCAACAAGAAGGAAUGAAAGAAGCAGGAAGGCUGUUCUACCUCUCAGUACCAGCCUUUGCAUAUGCAGAUGUCGCUGAUAAGAUUAACAACAGUUGUAGGCCGACCAGCGGGGCGUGGCUGAGGGUGGUGCUAGAGAAACCUUUCGGACAUGACCUCAGGAGCGCCCAGGUACUUGCAACUCAGCUCGGGAGCUCCUUGAAAGAUGAAGAAAUGUACAGAAUUGACCAUUACCUGGGGAAGCAGGUGGUUGCAAAGAUACUUCCAUUCAGAAUAGAGAACAAGAAGUUUCUGGAUCCCAUAUGGAACAAGCACCAUAUCGAAAGAGUGGAGAUUGUAUUGAAAGAGACCUUAGAUGUUAAAGGUCGUAUUCCUUUCUAUGACCAAUAUGGGGUGAUCAGAGAUGUGCUACAGAACCACUUGACUGAGGUCAUGACCCUGCUGACCAUGAGGCUUCCCAGGAACCUGAGCAGCAGUAAGGAAGUCCUGCAAAACAAGCUGCAGAUCUUCAGCUCUCUGCUGCCUGUAGGACAGAAACAAGCCGUGGUCGGACAGUACCAAACAUACAAAACUGAGGUCCAGCAGGAACUGAAUAAGACAAAUCACGUAACUCUCACACCAACAUUUGCAGCUGUUUUGGCACACAUUGAUGAGGCCCAGUAUGAAGGUGUACCAAUUCUGUUGACCUCAGGAAAGAUGUUAGAUGAGCGGGUGGGAUAUGCGCGAAUACUUUUUAAAAACGACAUCUUUUGUCUUCAGAACCACAACAGUGUUCACUGCAAACCCAAACAGAUAGUUUUCCACUUUGGGCAUGGCAACCUUAAAUAUCCAGCAAUUCUCGUAAGCAAGAACUUAUUCAAGCCAGGUUUAAUGGAUGGUGAGUGGAAGGAAGUGACAGAGCAUACAGAUAUCAGUGUGUUAGGUUUGCCUAUUUCAGACUACUUUGUGCAAACUCCAACAGAGCAGAGGGAAGCUUAUUCAGAACUUAUUUCUCACAUUUUUGCUGGACGCAAGAAUAGUUUCAUCAGUACUGAAAACCUACUGGCUUCCUGGGGUUUUUGGACGCCACUACUCAGUGGCCUCGCCGAUGCUUUUCCUCGCAUUUACCCCGGGGGUGCAGAGAACGGAGACCUGCUGGACGUCCGUGUGAAAGGGAGAGAAAUUAGCUUCUAUAGUGAGGUGGUGAUUAUCAGCAAUGAUCAAACAGGUGGCACAUCGGCAAACGGUUUUCAAGUGUUGCAAGGCAAAUUUCGUGGUGAUGACAUGGUGUCUGCCUGGGCUGAAGAACUGGUGGAGAGGCUAGCUGUAGACAUGCAAGAAACAGCAGAGGCAGCAGUGCGUAAGGGCGGCGCUUUCCAUCUUGCACUCUCUGGUGGGUCUACUCCCCUCGCUCUGUUCCACAGGUUGGUCGAGCACCACUUCUCCUUCCCCUGGAAGAACACCCACGUGUGGAUGGUGGAUGAGCGCUGCGUGCCUCUGACAGAACUCGAGUCAAACUUCCACAGCCUGCAUGACCAUCUACUGCAAUAUGUCAGGAUACCCUAUUACAACAUCCACCCCAUGCCGGUGCACAUCAACCAGCGUCUAUGUGUGGAGGAGGACAAAGGGGCACUGCUGUAUGAGAAAGAGGUCAGCAGUUUGGUUAAUGGCUCCAGCUUCCACUUUAUGCUGCUGGGAGUCGGCUAUGACAGCCACACAGCCUCCCUGUUCCCUGGUAGUAAAGUGGAUGAACAUGGAGAGAGUCUGGUGGCCCUUACUGAGAGCCCCGUCAAGCCUCACCAGCGUAUGAGCCUCACUUUCAGUGCUAUUAACCGAGCCCACACAGUUGCUCUGUUAGUGAUGGGAAAAAGCAAGCAUGAGAUGAUCACCCAGCUGAGCCGAGUGAAGGACAACCCAGAAAAAUGGCCAGUCACCGGAGUGAAGCCUGCUGAUGGCAGACUUGUUUGGUAUAUAGACUAUGAUGCACUUCUAGGAUAGGAAUUCCAUUACUGACUUUCAAUCAUUGUUUUUGGAGCUGCUUUCAUUUGACAGCUGGUUGGUGGAAAAGAGUGUAUGGGCCAGCAAUAAAGGACCACUUAUUUUUCAUGUUUUAGCUCAUUGACUGCAAAUCGUAUUUACUGAACAUUACUGCUGCAUUUUUCCUGACUGAUUUUCUACCGUCCAACCAGCUAGAAUUUAUAACAGUAUGUACAAGAAUCCAAAUAACAAAUAGAGUUGGCAGGUGAGGAUUCGGGUGCAUGUGGGAGAACACAGCAGGCACUGGGAAUUGUGAAUUGCUAGUCUCUUACAUUAAAAGAGCUGCUGUCCAACUCACUUGGUUGCAGCUAAAUUUAAAAGUGAGGGAUGAAUCAAAAGCUCUGGAAAUUUGUUGGCAGGAAUGUUAAGUAAGUAGCAGUUUGUUGUUAAUGGGUUAAGAACAGCUGGCACAUUCCUUUUAUAGAAGGUUUAGACCUCGUUUAAAAAUUUUUCAAAGUGUGUUCAGACUGUGUGAAAUGCAAUUGCAGACUUUUUAUACUGUAUCUGAGCCUUAUUAUGUAUGAGAUGAGUGAAAAUAUAUGACGCAUACAUGUCUGCAGUUUACAAAAGCCCAGCAAACACAAAGAUUUAUGUACUCACAACCUAACCUGUUCGUGUGAUCUCAGGUGAAUUUGUGAAUUAUCAGAUAUGCAGUUUACUGUGUAAUCUGCACCUCUCGACUAAAUGUUUGUUUUCUAUUGUAGAGUGGCUGUGUCCCACUUUCAUUAGUUCAAAAAACUUAGAUGUGAUUGGCCCCUUAAAUAAUAUGUGUGUUAGUGAUAGAAAUAUGGACUUUUGUUGUUGAAAUGCUUCAGGCAUUUCAAAACAUACGGUGCUUCACUAAUAAAAGGCACAUUCCUGAUACAACCUCA